UUGACAUCGCGGAGCGAGCAGCACUGCAAUAUCCAUUGAUUCGGGACUGGAGAUUGUUCAUCUGCAUUCUCGCAAGACUGGUGCCACCUGUACAUAUUAAUCCAUUUCAACAGUGUAAUAAAAGCAACCAUGUCCAUGGGAAGUGACUUUGGGAAUCCUUUACGGAAAUUCAAACUUGUUUUUUUAGGGGAGCAAAGCGUUGGAAAAACAUCGCUGAUAACAAGGUUCAUGUAUGACAGUUUUGACAACACUUAUCAGGCAACUAUUGGAAUUGACUUUUUAUCAAAAACCAUGUAUCUGGAGGACCGAACUGUGAGGUUACAGCUAUGGGAUACUGCGGGGCAGGAACGCUUUAGGAGUCUUAUCCCGAGCUACAUAAGGGACUCCACAGUGGCUGUGGUUGUGUAUGAUAUCACAAAUGUCAAUUCAUUCCAACUAACCUCCAAAUGGAUUGAUGAUGUCAGAACAGAGAGGGGAAGUGAUGUCAUUAUCAUGCUGGUGGGCAAUAAAACAGACCUAGAGGAAAAGAGGCAAAUCACUAUAGAGGAGGGGGAGCAGAGGGCCAAAGAGUUGAAUGUGAUGUUCAUUGAGACAAGUGCAAAGAAUGGCAGUAACGUUAAACAGUUGUUUCGGCGAGUGGCUGCUGCUUUGCCUGGAAUGGAGAGCUUGGAUGAUAACAACAAAGAAGGCAUGAUCGACAUUAAACUGGACAAACAACCGGAACCUCCGGCCACUGAAAGCGGGUGUUCCUGUUAGUAGAAUGCAGUAUGGACCUCCAUUUACACCACACGCUUGUUCUGUUGCUUCCGAUGAGUCCACGUCCGGUUGAACUCUAUGAUCGGAUUUAGGCUUUUUACAUCUAUCUGAAUUGUUCUAAAACUAUACUCAGUUGCCAGAUAAAAACAUCACACUGUCAGUUCAAUUGCCAAAAAAAUAUCAUAGCUAUUUAAAAAAGUGACUAUCUAACAUAUUCAUAUAAGAGAGGAAAUGGCAUGUGUACCAUCUUGGGACAAAAUUUGAGAAUGGAUUAUCGUUUGUUAUGUUUUGUAUUUUUGUACAUUAUAAAAAGCACUAAAUGAUGCCUUCACAAAAAUUAGUUUAACAGUUAAUAUAAAUGUCAGAAUAACUGCCCUUCUUAAUCAUCUACAGCAUGCAAGUAAGACAACUUUUAGAAUCUGUCACGUCUUUGGUCCAUACACAUCAAUAGUGAAAAAAACGUGAACUCAGAAUAAAAAAAAUAAAAAAAAUGAUAAAACAGAAAGAUCCUGUGAAAAGUCUUAGUGUGGGUUUGUGGAAACAUCCUACAUGCUAAUCCAGUACCAUGCCUCACUAAGAGGUGUGUGCACUAUCUGGCAUACCUUUAAAGUGCCGUGGCACUGUUGCAAAGAACCAGUGGAAGUUUUUGCUCGCUUCAUGUAUACACUUUAGAUCCGCUAGGUGGUACUGUAUUGUAUAUAGUAUUUAUAUUAUUGUGAACAUCCAUCCAUUAGACGUGAUUUAUGUUCACCUGUACAAAUGUUGUUUUGUUUUUUUGUUUUUAAUAUGACAAGGGCUUCACUUUUAAUUUCUCUCCUGUAGCCAUACACUGGUAGUCAAAUAGUACAUAUGAUUUGGGCUUUUUGCUCUUGCCUUAUACAGUUUUACUGAUCCACUAGGAUCAUUAGAUUUUAAGAUGAACUUUUAUGAAGGCCUACUAAUACUCAUGUUACUCUGCAUAAAAAUGAACAAGGAUAUUUUUCAUGAAUAUGCAGGUUGUUUUUAUUUGAGUUCUUUUGCAGCCAACUAGAACAAAAUGUAUUGGUUGAGUAGUGGAACGUAGAUUUGAGGUGAGCCUUAGGAAACAAUGAUUUUCAUUUCAAAUGUAUGCACUUUGUUCUGAGGUUCUGACAAGGAAAUGUGUGGGUUUGAUUGCAAAUGAUUGUCAUAUCCCAAAUACCUGUGUAGUAAAGCUCUCUUACUCUCCGGCACAUGUCGAAUGAAUGUUUAGAUAGAAAUUCGAAAAUUUUGUCUCACCAGAAUCUUACAACAUGUAUCUAGCUAAUGUCUUCAGCUCCAAAGUGAAGAUAUUUUUUAAAAAGCGCUGAGAGAGAAUGUACCACAAAGUUGUGCCUGUUGUCAACUCACAACAUUCAGAUUAUUGUGACAGUACGUUAAAGGAUUGUGAGUUGUUUGCGAGUCUGUAUAAAAUAGUAUGUUUCUUUAAUCUUUAACGUUAUUUGUUUUGUUUUAUAGAUUAAAUUGUUUACAUAAAUGCACUGAUUAACACCACUCACUGUAUAUAGAUUGUAGAAUUAAUUUAGGAUAUAGUAGGCAAAUAUAAUGUAUUUAAUUUUAGUCAGAUUUCUUCUGGUGCCAAUAAUUCUAUUAAUUCGAACAUAAAUGGCAAUUUUUUUGUUGGACAUGAGGAAUUACUGUGAUUAAAUUGUUGGUACUUAGAGUUGACUUUAUUUUUUCUUUGAUGUAUGCAGAGGAUAAUUGAAGGGGCCAGGUUGAGGAGGAUGAUUGUGCAUUGACAUGGCACAGAGUGUCAUCUUUUACAUUUCACAAAUCACAUUUCUCAAACCUCUGUUUCCUCUUUGCUGUUUUGUCAUCUUUCACUUUGUACACUAGUUGUGCCUUCUGUUAUUGCGACAUCGUAGUGCAAACUUUCAUUGUAUGGCUACCUGAAUACACAUGUGAUAGACUGAUGGCAACUGAUGGAUUUAUGAUGUUCUGUGAUUAAACAAUUCCUUUAGUGAAAUCUUGUAUUAAUUUCACACCAUCUAGCCAAUUCACAGUGGUUGAGAACAAUUGCAGAACAGUCAUGUAAAUGGGAAGACUGUAUGUAAGAACUGGACAUUGCUGUUGAAAGUGCAUGAGGGGAUUUAAUCUGUCAAAAAUCGUUGCCAUAGGGUUGUGUAGAGUGUUGUUGUUGGCUCAUUAUUCACUCUGUAAGGACAUUUAUGAGCAUGACAUCUGUCUGAAAAAAGAAAUCAAUAAAAUCCAUGUCUUA